UCGAGAGGUCUACGUUUGGAAAUAGCGGAAGUACGCAGCCAGCGGGCAAAUCACAAAGCGUCACCAAACAUCCAACGGUUCUUUUAAACAGUACAUUCACUCUAGCACGGGAAUACACUAUGGCAUAUCAGCUUUAUAGAAACACGACACUUGGAAACAGUCUACAGGAGAGCCUUGAUGAACUUAUUCAGACUCAACAGAUCACUCCACAAUUAGCCCUCCAAGUUCUACUACAGUUUGAUAAAGCUAUCAACACAGCUUUGGCCAACCGGGUCCGUAACAGGGUCAACUUUAGGGGGUCACUGAACACAUACAGAUUCUGUGAUAAUGUUUGGACAUUCGUUUUAAAUGAUGUUGAGUUCCGAGAGGUGACUGACCUGGUCAAGGUGGACAAAGUAAAAAUUGUAGCAUGUGAUGGCAAAAAUACUGGUUCUAAUGCAGCUGAGUGAGAACAAGGGGGAGAGCGAAACAUGGAGCGAGUUGCUGGCUGAUGGGAAGGAUGAAGAGAAUUGAAGACAAGGCACAGCAGUGGGGACUGUGUAUAUAUAAUUUAUUACAAGAAACAGUUCUCCAGCCUUCAUACAACAACCUGCUCAGUGGAGGACUGACAAAAGUAUGGAGCACACAAGGCCUUGAAUGUCACAUGGAUUUUUUUCUUUUUAUAUAUAAAUAUAUAUAAUUUUUCAUAGAAUUGCCAAUGCUUAUCAGUUUGUUACAAUUUAGCUUAUUCUCUAAUAAACUUGUUUUAAAGGUGGCAAAUUUCUCUUGCUUUCAACUGAUGGUUU